AUGGAGGAAUCCGACAAUGAAACUGAACUUCUAGUUCCUCUCGAAAGAUCAUCAAAAUGUUGCUCAGUUCCAAGGGAUGUCAUCGCAUCUGUCAUUGCUUGCAUCGGUUCUUUUAUCAUGGGAAUUGCCCUGGGGUACUCAUCUCCGGCUCUAGCUUCAGAGACGUUUUCAGAUUUUUUAGGAACAAAAGAUAAUCAGUUUUGGUUUGGUUCAUUGUUGGCUGUGGGAGCCAUCUUUGGUGGCCCAAUUGGUGGAGUUCUGAGGUCGCUGGUUGGUUUGAAGUUCACCCUCAUGCUUUGUAAUCUUCCACUUGGCAUUGGCUGGUUGUUAAUUCUUGGCAAGUUUUCAGUUGCUACAGCUUUCAUAGGCAGAGUUUUGACAGGAGUUGGUAUUGGUGUUGCUUCUUUUGCCUCCCCUCUCUACGUUUCAGAAGUUGCUGACAAAUCAAGAAGAGGUGUCUUGGGUCUGUUUUUUCAACUGACAGUUUCAAUUGGCAUACUUGUUUCAUUUGCACUCGGUACAGUUUUAAGUUGGAAUUAUUUGGCUCUGGUGUUCAUGAUAAUUUCAGUUGUAAAUUGUUUAAUGAUCCUGAUUAUUCCUGAAUCUCCAAGAUGGUACUUGACACAACAUCUAGAUCAGGAUGCUUUGGAAUCAUUAAAGUGGCUCUACAGAUCUGAGCAAAGAGCUACCAUCGAGAUUAACUUCUUAAGAAACACAUUAAUAAACAGUAUAGAAAAUAGAAAUGAUGGUGCUGUUUCAAGAUUUUCACUAGCUGAUUUGAAAUCACGAGAAAUACACAGACCAAUUUUGAUUGGUAUUGGUUUAAUGGUUUUUCAGCAGCUAUCUGGAAUCAACGCAAUCAUGUUUUACACUAGCUCAAUCUUCUCCAAGGCAGGAUUCCAGGACAAUCCCUCACUCCCAACGAUCAUCACAGGAUCCGUUUUAGUUGCAGCCACCUUUCUAUCCUGCUUCUGUAUAGAUUGCCUUGGUAGGAGAGUUCUCCUAUUAAUAUCUGGAGUAUUCAUGACGGCCAGCAUGGUUUGCUUUGGACUUUAUUAUUAUCUAACUGAAGAGGUAAGUAGAACAGAUUUAAGCUGGCUCUCACUGAGUAGUGUAUGUGCGUUUAUAAUUUCAUUUUCAUUCGGUUGGAGUUCGAUACCCUGGCUUGCUUGCUCUGAAAUUAUGCCUGCAAAAGCCAAAAAUUUUGGGAUUAGUGUUACAACGAUUUCGAACUGGUUGUUUACGUUUUUGAUAACAAAAGAAGUAGUAGAUUUGACUUAUUUACUACAUAGUUAUGGUACUAUGUGGCUCUUUGCUGUGUUCUGUGCUAUCAGUGUCCUCUUUGUAGCUGUCUGUUUGCCAGAAACCAAGGGCAAGUCUUUGGAAGAGAUUCAAAGUCAUUUUACUAGGGGUAGUGCAGCUCGAUGA